AUGCUUCCGACACCAGAUACGUCCCAUGUUCCCUACAGCCGUGUGUACGAGCCCUCGGAAGAUUCGUACCUCUUUCUCGACACUCUUUCCAGCGCCACCGAGACAUCAUUCCUCCAGCGUCGCUUCGCCGGGUCACCGCCUCACGUGCUCGAAGUCGGCCCAGGCUCAGGCGUCGUCAUCGGCUUCGUAGCCGCCCAAGCACAGCACAUCUUCGGAACCCACGCCAUCCUCACAUCGGCCAUCGACCUUAACGCCUUUGCGUGCCGCGCCACCAACGCGACGGUCCUGCGCGCCGUCGCCGAUAACCCCGUCACCGCCGCCCCUGCCUGGCUCGGCACCUCCAUGGGCGACUUGACCGCGCCCUUGCGCGACGCGUCGGUCGACGUCCUCCUCUUCAACCCGCCCUAUGUCCCGUCCGAGGCGCUGCCUGUGCCGCCGCCGCCGCCUGUCGGAAAGGCGGGCGAGGGGAGUGAGGUGCUGACCUCCGUGACGGAUCGCACGCCGACGUACGAUGAGGACUCGUACCUCCUCGCCCUGUCGUAUGCCGGUGGCAAGGACGGCAUGCAGACGACCGACAGGCUCAUCGAUGCGCUGCCGAGGGUGCUCUCGGCGAGGGGCUGCGCUUACGUGCUUCUGUGUGCGCAGAAUAGGCCCGAGGAGGUCAAGGCGAGGAUACGGGGGCUUGGUAACGAAUGGAGAGUUGACAAGGUCGGCGACAGCGGGAAGCAGGCGGGGUGGGAGAAGCUGCAGAUCAUCAGGGCAUGGAGGGAAGCGCGCGCGACGGGGGCGUGA